GUUCCGGGAUCUGCUAACCGGGAAAGCUGGUGCUGCGGCGACCUCCAAGCUCCUGUCCCCGAGGUGCCCCGCCCUACAGGCCGGCUGCUUCCUGGAGUUGCCCGGGAAAAUGAGCCGCAUCUACCACGACAGCGCCCUCCGCAACAAGGCGGUGCAGAGCGCGCGCCUGCCGGGGACCUGGGACCCCACCAUCCACCAAGGGGGAAAUGGUGUCUUGCUGGAGGGAUUGCUUGUGGAUGUGUCUCGGCACAGCAUCUUGGAUGCUCACGGAAGGAAGGAGCGCUACUAUGUGCUGUAUAUCCAGCCCAAUUGUAUCCACCGGCGUAAGUUUGACCCCAAGGGAAAUGAAAUUGAGCCCAACUUCAGUGCCACCAGGAAGGUGAACACAGGCUUCCUCAUGUCAUCUUACAAAGUGGAAGCCAAGGGUGACACAGACCGGCUCACCCUGGAGGUGCUGAAGGGCCUGGUAAACAAGCCCGAGCUGCUGAAGUUGACAGAGAGCCUCACCCCAGACCAGACGGUGGCAUUCUGGAUGCCUGAGUCAGAGAUGGAGGUCAUGGAACUCGAACUGGGGACUGGAGUGCGGUUAAAAACUCGGGGUGAUGGCCCCUUCAUAGAUUCCUUAGCCAAACUGGAGCUGGGGACGGUGACCAAAUGUAAUUUUGCUGGUGAUGGAAAGACAGGAGCAUCCUGGACAGACAAUAUUAUGGCCCAAAAGUCUUCAGAGAGGAACACAGCAGAGAUCCGAGAGCAAGGAGACGGGGCGGAGGAUGAGGAAUGGGAUGAUUGAGGUGCCUCCUCUCCUACCAGCAUCUGUGAUGGUGUCUCUGAGAAGUGGCCAUACCAACUUCUACCUUGGGGAGAUCAGUCUGUCAAGCUGAAUAUCAUUUAGCACACUCUGAUGAAAUCAAAUCUAAGACCUCAAUACUCACGAAGGGUCUCCAGCUUUUGUAUGACUGUGUCCCUUUCUGGAUGGAAGGCUAGUUUUCCUAGACCUAUUUCCAGUGUUCCUUUCCUUAGGUGGUGGACAUGUACUGGGUGAGUCCUAGUUAGUUCUCAGCUUACAUUUGGUUGUUCAUCUCAAGUGUAUUCACCUGAAGAUUUGAACUGAUACCUAAGGCCUCCAAAUAGAACAUGUCCAGCAAAGAUGCUGCAGAAGGUACACAAUUGACAAAAAGUCUGAGUUCAGAGGGACUCCAAGGGGAAGAGAGAGGGCUCCUUCCAUCCCUGUGGGUUUCUCCUUUCCUUGCUUUCUACCCUGUGCCAGCUUUUUGUUGUGCCUCUGUUCUCCUGUUCCAGUCUUCCUUGGCCUGUUCUUCCCUGCCCCACACCCAAGAUACCACUUCUUUAUCUCUAUUCAGCUCUGUGCCUCCGUGGGGUUUCUUGCCUUAGACCUCUGUCUUAGGGUUCUUACUGCCCUGAUAAAACACUAUGACCAAAA